AUGACUGUGCUGAAGUCUUGUCCUGCUUCGGGGCUCUCGCCAGCAGCUUCAGCCCGGCCGGAGGGCUCUGCAGACAAGUGUCGCAGGAAGCGCCCCGCCCUGGGUUGUCAGGGGAGGGUGACACCUACCGCACAGAUUCCGAGGAUCGGCGUCCUCCGGAUGCUCGGCUUCAGCAUCCCGCUUUCCCAGCCACAAGUGGGCGGGCCCGCGUCGCCCCGCCAGCCACGGGAGCGCGUCUUAGCGCUUCGCGCACGCGCGGCGCCCACGGCGCGCCUUCCGGAAACCUUCCAAGUCGGGUGGGGCCCUCGCCGGAGACGUGGUUGCGGGCGCGUCGGCGGGCGGGCGGUGAUGACGCGACGGAGGCAGCCAAUGGCGAGCGGCGAUGACGCGCAGGCCCGGAGGCCAAUGCCGCACCCGACGUCCGGCCCGCUACUGCCGCCGCGCUUCUACCCGCGCUACGUGCUGCCGCUCGCCUUCGGCAAGUACUUCGCGUCGGUGUCGGCGCACGUUAGCAUCUGGAAGGUGCCGGUGUCCUACGCGCACACCGUCAAGGCCACCAUGCCCAUCUGGGUGGUCCUCCUGUCUCGGAUCAUCAUGAAGGAAAAACAGAGCACCAAGGUGUACCUGUCACUGGUCCCUAUCAUCAGUGGAGUCCUGCUGGCCACUGUUACAGAGCUGUCUUUCGACGUGUGGGGGCUGGUCAGUGCCCUGGCAGCCACGCUCUGCUUCUCCCUUCAGAACAUCUUCUCCAAAAAGGUGUUGAGGGACUCCAGGAUCCACCACCUGCGACUGCUCAACAUCCUGGGCUGCCACGCCGUGUUCUUCAUGAUCCCCACAUGGGUUCUCGUGGACCUCUCCACUUUCCUGGUCAGCAGCGACCUGGCCUAUGUGUCUCAGUGGCCCUGGACACUGCUGCUCUUGGCAGUCAGUGGAUUCUGCAACUUUGCACAGAAUGUCAUCGCCUUUAGUAUCCUCAACCUCAUCAGCCCACUCAGCUACUCAGUGGCCAACGUCACCAAGAGGAUCAUGGUCAUCACUGUGUCCCUCAUCAUGCUACGCAAUCCAGUGACCAGCACCAAUGUGCUAGGCAUGAUGACUGCCAUCCUGGGGGUCUUUCUGUACAACAAGACCAAGUAUGACGCGAACCAGCAGGCUCGGCGCCACCUCCUCCCUGUCUCUACGUCAGACCUGAGCAGCAGAGAGCAUCUGCGGAGCCCAAUAGAGAAGCCCCACAAUGGUGCACUGUUUCCUCAGCAGGGUGACUUCCAGUAUCGCAACAUUCUCCUCACAGACCAUUUUCAGUACGGCCGCCAGAGCCACCCAAACUCCUAUACCCUCAGCCGCCAUGACGUGUAGGUGUCAUCAGGCCAAGCUUCCUGCACCACCUAUGUAAGCCCAGCAGCCUGGCUGAGCACGUAGCAGGCCAGCAGGGGAGCCCUAGAGCCUGAUGGGCUGUGGGACAUGAGCACAACAUGGAUGGCCACAGGCUCUGAUCCUGGUUCACUCUUCUGCUCAGAAGCCAUGCUCUGCUUUGGUGCACGGAGGUGCCCCCAGUACAUGGCAGAGGUCUGAUCUGAACUUCUGGUGACAACAGGGACCCACUCUGCAGAACUGGCAUUGCUGUGCCUGCAGUCCUGGAAGCUAGCAGGAGGUGGCAUCUGGGGCUUCAAGGAGAGGACAGCGGGGCUGUAGUCCAGAGGUAUGGAGAGCUGACACAGGUGCCAUUAUGUGUCCUCAGCAGCAGUGCUCCAGGAUGCUCCACAGCAGUAAGCCACUUGCACUUUAGUGCUGCUGACGUGGGUGCCUACAGUGACCAUCGGUUCAUCAGUGAUUGGUGUGGCCUUCCUCUGCCUGUGAAUGUCAGAGCAGGACACAGCCCUCCACUCCCGGUCUGAGUGGCCCUUGGACUCCAAAAAGGGUGGCCAGUGUUAACCUUGGUUGCACCCACACCCUUCUGAUGUUACAGAAGGCAGGAUGAUGGUGAUGGCAAUUUCCCCAGAACCUCAAGUUUCCCUGGAGAAGCUUUGUAGCCUAGGUCCCGGCAGGCACUGCACCAGGCUCGCCAGUGGGUGGAAACCAUCUUGAUUCAUUUCAAAAUGUGGGAUGUUUGUUACUGGAGCAGUCCCUUGGAGCUCAGUGGUAGCAAGGUAAUGCUGAAACAUCUUGAAGCUGCAGCCAGAGUAGCAGAAGAUGAAAUCUACACUCCAAAUAUAGUGUCGCUUGUCAGUGAGGAAAUGUCCAGCGGAUGGGACAGCCGGCCGGUCAUAAGUUUUUAGUUAAGAGUCACUUGAGGCUGGAAUGGCGAAGUGCCUACUCCGCAUGCAUGUGUUGGUGGCUUCGUUCUCGAGCAUCACAGAAAGCAACAUAGUUGUGCGGGCCUACCUUUCCAGCGCUUGGAAGCAAGGUCAGGGUCCUCACCUACAUAGUGAGUUCCAGAUCAGCCUGGACCACAUGAGAGCCUAUCUCAAGAAAAAGAUCGGUUUUAGGGACCUGGCCUGCUGGAAUACAUCCAGGGGUUGAGCCAGGAGGAUGGACAUGAGUUUGAAGCCAAUCUGGGCUACAUAAUGAGACUGUCUCAAAAACAAAAUGUUUGGGACUCAUCCUGGUGACCUACUCCUGUGGUCCUAGCUGCUCAGGAAGCCAGGGCAGGAGGGUUUCCCAAGCCUGUGAAUUCAAGGCCAGUGUGGCAAUGCAAGGAGAACCUUUUGGUUCACAGAAAUAUGGGUUCUGGUUGGGGCACAGCAGGCCAAUGGUGGUACCCAAGGAUUGUGACAUGUUUUCUUUGGCAAUCAAGGCACUAAUUUUGGGUUUUUUUGUUUGUUUUUGUUGUUAUUGUUUUUGAGACAGGGUUUCAUAAUAUAGAUCAUACUGACCUCGAACUCAGAGAUCUCUGUCCCUGCCUCUUGAGUGCUGGAAUUAAAAGCAUGUGCCACGACGCUCACCUGGAGACAUCCCCACUAAGGCUCCCGGACUGAUCUUCAACUCUUAGCUUUCUUCUUAGAGUCCUUCAUGCCUCUGUCUCCAUCUCUAAGACUUAGCUGACAAGUGUGUCAUGGCGCCCCAGUCCUUAACUCCUGGUUUGUUGGGUACUUGUGCUUUUGAUUAAUUAGAGGGUUUUUUUUUUUUUUUUUUUUUUUUUUUGGUUUUGUUUUUUUUUUUUUUGAGACAGGGUUUCUUUGUAGCUUUGGAGCCUGUCCUUGAACUCACAGAGAUCCGCCUGUCUCUGCCUCCAGAGUGCUGGGAUUAAAGAAGCUCUCCACCACCGCCCCGUCCAGAUUAAUUGGGGUUUUAUGUCUGAGGUUAGUUCAUUCACAAUGCCAGCCUCAGGGCAGUCCCAUCUGCCUUGCUUGCUGGAUUGCAGAUGUUCAGAGUCCAUCACCACAGUGGGAAGGGCACCUUGAUAAGGUGGUCUGGUGGGUUUUCUCCCUGGGGAAGACACUGAGACCUGGCACUACAAAAGUCUCUGACGCUGUGUUGAACUCAGAAUGAAUUAAGUCUUUUUGGAUUUCCAUGAUGUUUCUGUAAUAUGUGUAUUAAUGCAUUUUCCUUUUCCAGUGUGAGGUUUGCCAAGGAGGGAAAGGCCAUCUCACUUUUCUUACAGUUUAUAAAUUAAUAAAUGGGAUAUUUAAUUCUGUUCAUAGGCUCUCAGUGAGUAAGAACACUAGAAUGGAUGCGAUAAUCAGGUAGACCAGGUGGCUGCGGCUCAGUGGAUCCAUCCUCAGCAUCACAUAAACUGAUGGUGGUUCAUACCUGUUACCCCACACUCAGGAGGCGGAGGCAGUUAAGAGCAGGAGUCCAUGGUCGUCUCUGGUAACCUUGGCCCAUUCGGUGUCACAUUAGCCCCCAGUCUUACUCGCCCAUCAUGCUCACCUCUCUUCUGGGAUUCAUGUUAGAGAAAUUUUGUUGCUCUUUCCAUAUACCCUUUAAAUGGCCAAAACACUUAUCCUGGCCCACCCGACUCCUUCAUUUUGCAGAAGGGAAAACGGGCUUAGAAUGGUUUCGAAUGUCUGUUCACUAUAGAAUACUCAAGUGGAGCUUCUUGUAGUUGUUUAUUUCUGUGAGAUGGUGGCUGCCUGUGUGGCUCAGGCUGACCACAGGAUAGAGGGCAGUCCUCGGUCCUCAGUCUCGGUGCUAAGUUGACGCAGGACUGCCACACCCUGCACCUUAUUUUACACCGUUUAUUCUAGGGAAGGGGAUGAGCUGAAUCUAUUGAGGCAGGGAAGUACUUGAGGCUCAAUUUCCCUGUGUGUUGGAAGGACUCCGGGCUCCCAAACCUCUGGGUCUGAAAUGCAAAACUGUCAUGUUCUUGUUUUCCGUUGUCGUCAUCCUGAGGCUCCAGUGUCAUAGACUGUUCUGUGGAUUGCUAUUCACCAAAAAUAAACGAUGGUCUCC